GUCUCGGCAACGCGCUCGCACCGCACCGCACGGGCACGGCGCUUGCCUUAUAAACCCCUCUUCGGCUUCCUCCCACUCCCCCUUGGGCGUGCUCUUCCACCCGCCGGUCCCCAUGGCGCCCAAGGUUCUCAUGGUCGCGGAGAAGCCCAGCAUCGCGCUCUCCAUCGCCUCCGCCCUCUCCGGCGGCCGCAUGUCUACAAGGAAGGGAAGCACAGAUGUCCAUGAGUUUGAUGGGAUGUUUCAGGGUUCUUAUGCAAAUUUCAAAGUGACGUCAGUCAUUGGACAUGUCUUAAGUGUAGAUUUCCCCCCUGCAUAUCAGAACUGGGAAGGGACUGAUCCAAUGGACCUAUUUGAGGCUCCAGUUCUGAGAUCUGAAUGCAACCCAAAGGCUCAUAUCCGCAGGCAUCUAGCUCAAGAAGCUCGGGGCUGCACUUAUUUGAUACUUUGGCUGGACUGUGACCGAGAAGGAGAAAACAUAUGCUAUGAAGUUAUAGAGUGCACUGGGAUUCCUGAAAAUGAGGCUGGCAGAAGAAUUUUCCGUGCUAGAUUUUCAUCUGUUACUGAGAAAGACAUACUGAGUGCCAUGAAUAACCUAGUUCUGCCAAACAAAGAUGAAGCAUUAUCAGUGGAUGCUCGCCAAGAAAUUGACUUGAAGGUUGGAGUAGCAUUUACUCGUUUUCAGACCCGAUAUUUCCAAGGAAAAUAUGGAAACCUUGAUUCAAGAGUGAUUUCGUAUGGUCCAUGCCAGACACCUACUCUGGGAUUCUGUGUGCAACGUUAUCAGCAAAUCACCACAUUCAAACCAGAGAAAUUCUGGUCCUUGAAAACUUAUAUUAUCAAAGAUGGUGAUGAAAUACAGCUAGAAUGGGACCGGAAGAAACUUUUUGAUUUUGAUGUUACUGUGAUGUUUCAGAAGAUGGUCGCCAGCGAUGGGACUCUAAAAAUAGCAGAUGUUUCAGUGAAGGAAGAGUGCAAAACCCGUCCAUCUGGCCUUAAUACAGUUAAUAUGCUUAAGGUUGCAUCAAGUGCGCUCGGUAUUGGACCUCAGACAGCGAUGCACUUGGCGGAGCGGCUUUACACUCAAGGAUUCAUCAGUUAUCCACGUACAGAGAGCACUGCAUAUCCAGCGUCAUUUGAUUUUCGAAGUGCACUUGCUGUACUAGUACAUAAUCCUCUAUGGUCCAAUGAAGUCCGGACAUUACUGGAUGCUGGUUUUGUUAAGCCUCGUCAAGGUCAUGAUGCUGGGGACCAUCCUCCUAUUACUCCAAUGAGAUCAGCAACAGAAGAAGGUCUGGGAACUGAUGCUUGGAGGCUGUACCAAUACAUAUGCCAACACUUCAUUGGAACUGUUAGUCCUGAUUGUAGAUAUACAAGGACUGCCAUUGAGUUUACUUCAGGUGGAGAAACUUUCCACUGUGUUGGCUAUCGAAUCACUCAUAAAGGAUUUACCUCUAUCAUGCCAUGGCUGGUUGUCAGUGAGAAUAGUCUUCCUGCAUUUAAAAAGGGAGACUCUGUUAGUAUUCAUAAGGUUGACAUAUAUGAGGGAAGCACCACACCUCCUGAUUAUCUCAGUGAAAGUGAAUUGAUCUCUCUCAUGGAGAAGAAUGGCAUAGGUACAGAUGCAUCAAUUCCUGUACAUAUAAACAACAUUUGCGAACGUAAUUAUGUUCAGGUGAACUCCGGAAGAAGGUUAGUACCGACACCACUGGGGACUACAUUGAUAAGAGGAUAUCAGUGUAUUGAUGCUGAUCUCUGCUUGCCAGAUAUAAGAAGCUUUAUUGAGCAACAGAUUACUCUAAUUGCAAAAGGCAAAGCUGAUCAUCUUCAAGUUAUUCAACAUGUUAUUCAGCAAUUUAUGAAAAAGUACUCUUACUUUGUGAAAAAGAUUGAAAACAUGGAUGCUCUGUUCGAAGCACAAUUUUCACCUUUGGCGGAUUCUGGGCGCCUACUGAGCAAGUGCGGAAAAUGUGGUCGGUAUAUGAAAUACAUUUCCACUCAGCCAAUGAGAUUGUAUUGUAUAACCUGUGAGGAUGUCUAUUAUCUUCCUCAGAAUGGUUCGAUUAAGCUGUACAAGGAAAUCAUAUGCCCUCUUGAUGGUUUCGAGUUGCUUCUGUUCUCGAUGGUGGGACCUGAUGCAAAAUCUUUCCCACUGUGCCCUUUUUGCUAUACUAAUCCUCCAUUUGAAGGCAUAGACAAACUCUUUGGUGCUCUCAAGAUAGAUGACAUUGGCAAGGUUGGGAAAGGGGCUGGCAUGCCGUGUUCCCUUUGCCCGCACCCAACAUGCAAGCAAUCUAUGAUCACUCAAGGAGUUUGUGCAUGUCCUGAGUGUAGUGGUACCUUGAUUCUUGAUCCAGUUAGUGCACCCAAAUGGCGGCUUUACUGCAACAUGUGUAACUGCAUUGUAUUGCUCCCACAUGCUGCCCAUAGGAUCACCACUACAGAUAAAAAGUGCCUAGCAUGUGAGUCCACUAUCAUUGAAGUUGAUUUCAACAAGAAAACCACCCCUCUUCAAGAUGGAGCUACAUUGCACGAGGGUUGUAUCUUGUGUGAUGAUCUGUUGCAUUCCCUCAUUGAAAUGAAGCAUGGGAAGUCAUUCUUCAUGCGGAGAGGUAGAGGGAGAGGGAGAGGGAGGGGCCGGGGCAGAGGAAGUAAUCGUGGUAGGGGAAGACGGGGGAACUCAAGGUAUGACGAUCCUAAAAUGAGCUUCAGAGAUUUUUGAAGAUUUUGGGGCUUCUACAGUGGCCAGCUAGUCUGUGAGCAUCCCAAAAUGAGCUUCAGAGAUCUUUGAAGAUUUUGGAUUUCAACAUUGGUCACUACUCUCUAAGGAAGCUACCAUCUUCUGCACGUGUCUUGCGUUCAGUAAAACCUCAAUGGAGCUGCUGUCCUACGUCUGUGUAUUGAACUAUUAGCACAUUCCAGACGCCAGGACUGUAAAACUAUGGUUUGAUUUCAAGUUUUGGAUAGAACUAGUUACCUAAAGUAUUGAUUUAUAGCUACUUUUACCUUGUUGAACAAAAUAGCUAGAUCAACUCAAUUGUUGUACUUUUACUAGAACUCAGGAGUAGUGUUUUUGUAAUACUGAAGGCUGGAACCUAGUACCAAUCAUUAACAGUAGAGCCAACAGUUCAAGGUUGGUGAGAAUUGAGAACCUCUAGCUCAUAUGAAUAAGGCAUUUACCAGCCCACAAACUGUAAUGCAGCUCAACAAAUUCCUGCACCCUUUGCAACAUUGUUGGUACCUGAUAGCUCAUCCUGAGCUGUUACGAUUCUUCUAGAUGGAUUCUCGAUGAUAAUAGAAGAAAAGGAUGGUUCUAUCUGUACUUUUGCUUUCCCCUUACUGCACAAGUAUAGUUUCGAAGGUUGUCUCAAGCCCCUGCACCCACCAACUGAAGAUGGCUGCUUAAAAAUUCGCUUCGAGUUCAAGGAAAAUGAGCAGAGUACAACCCAAACUAACCUUGUGAGCCCUAACGAAUGAAGGGUCGUAUUCACAGAACCAAUUCCUCUGGUAGCUCGUUUGCUUUGUAGAGGGAGCAAAGCAUUUGAUUGGAACCCGAAAACCAGACAGGAAACAGGGAAGGGGUGUCUUGUGGAUGACUGCUGACAGGAUCAGGUGGGAUCGGAUACCUUAAUGAGUGAACUCAGUGGUGCAAGUCUUUGCUCGUAUAUUGUAUUGAUGUGCUGUAAAUCACACUGACAAAAUGGGAUGAAUUUGAACCUAGUUCGAUCA